UCCUUAUAGGGAUUGGUGGCUCCCGCAGUCGCCGGCCGGACCUGGCCUUCCGCCGCCAUUUCUUGACUUGUAAUUGACUCAACAUGGGUGUCCGAACCAAGACCGUGAAGCGCUCCGCGAUCCAAAUCAUUGAAAAGUAUUAUGCUCGCUUGAACUUGGACUUCGACUCGAACAAGCGUGUCUGCGACGAAGUCGCGAUCAUCCCGUCCAAGCGCAUGCGCAACAAGAUUGCCGGCUACAUCACGCACUUGAUGAAGCGCAUCCAACGUGGCCCCGUACGUGGCAUCUCGCUCAAGUUGCAAGAAGAAGAACGUGAGCGCCGCUUGGACUUUGUCCCGGAUGUCUCUGCCAUCAACGUUGAAAACAUCGAACUCGACAGCGACACCCGCGACUUGUUGGCGCACUUGGAAAUCACCCUCCCCGGUGUCCGCGCUGUCCAGGGCCGUGAACAUUAAGUUGGGUAGUAUGUUGGUGAAUGCACUUUUAGUGUAACUUAACAAGUCAGGUUGAACCACCCCA